AUGAAGAGUGAGGAAGAUAUUGCUUUAGAGCUGGCGCUGAAGAAGUCACUUGAAGAAAGCAAACGAAAUUGUCAAUAUCGUAAAGAAACAAUCCAUCCAGAUUAUCGGAAUUAUUUCGAGGAUGAAGAUGUGAAAGCUGAAUUUUUGCGAAUACUGAGGCAGUAUAAAUUAAGUGGUCAUUUAUUUUCAGACCCAACAGCUGAAGUGGUAUCGGAAAUGGCAACGUAUUUCGGUUUAUUGGUAAAGAACGGUGAUUUAAGUGAUGUUUUAUCACAGCUUAGAUUCUUGCAACGUGAAACAGCCAAUUUUUCAUUGGAAUGGAUUAUUGUGGUGUCCUCCUUAAAAAUUUCACUGAAUCGUCUUUGUGAUGCCAUAUAUGGUGCUUUAUUAUUUUGUCAAGUGUAA